GUUGGCGUCCUGUUGCUAUAGAAAUGGGACGUUCCAUUCUUUCCAGAGGAGACGUCCUUCCUACCUAGUCUCUAAGAAUCCUUCUGGAUUGGGUUUGGGAGGAGAUCGGAGAUACUAUAAAGUCUAAAUACGUCCCUUAAACCUCUAUCCAGUGUUAGGGAAGAGUUUUGUGGAUUCUCGAACUGGGAUAGUUAGGGCACGAUCCUCCCGCGGGUUGAGUGGCAUGAGCCAGAGAAGGGGUGGGCUCCCGUACCUGCAUUAACCUUAGGAAAGCGGCACUUGACGGAUCUCCCAGGCCCAUUUCCCGAGAAAUUCUCCAGGGAGAGCAGCCUUCGGGAUGGCUACCUCCGGGAUGGCGGUUCCCGAAAGCCCUCAAUGCGAAACCUCUCGAUGGAAGAAGAAGAAGGAAGUCUACCGCACAGUCAGCCAUAUCUGCCCCCCACCGAGGCGACCCCUGGCCAUUGCCGACCUGCGCCCAGGCAUGGAAAAUGAGAGGCUGGGGAUCUUACGGGACUCCAUGCUGCAGAACCCACUCAUCUUAAAGGCCGAACUUGGGAAGCCUCAGGAAAGGAGUAGUGCUCUGCCUGGAAUUAAUUUUAACUAUGGACUGUAUGUUCGUGGGACGGAUGGAGGAGUCCCAGAAGCCAUUGGACACUGGAAUGUUUUGAAGCCACAACCAACCUCCCCCCAAGCUUUGACUCGGGAUUUUAUUGCCAUGAACAGAGGUGCAGUCAAGGCUGGUCUGGUGACAGCCAAGGAACAUUGCUUAUACCGCCAACUCAAUGAUAUCCGAAGGAAUGACAAGGAUGAGAGGCGUUCCAAAAAGGAUCUGCCAUCUAUUCCUCCAGAUAUGAUCUUUGGAAUCCGGUCACGGCCUUCCACACCCUUCUUUGAUCUGAUGCAGCACAAGUACCAGCAGCUAUGGGUACAGGAACAAAAAGCAGCUCAAAAAGCCAUUAAAAUGGAGAAAAAACACAAGGUCACCCUUGGGAGGUUUUAUGAAACUCGAACCUGUCAGCAGAGGAAGUAUAAGCCUCCAGUGAAACUGGACCCUCUUUGGCACAUGCCCCAUUUUCAAAAGGUGAGCUGCAAUCUUAACACAUUUCCAAAUGAGAAAGCUCGCCAUAGGGCAUACAAAGCCCACUAUGAUGAAUUCUCGACACGUCAAGGAACCCUGCAUCUGGGCAACUACACCCAUCCCUAGACUCUUGACUUUUAUUAGAAGCCCUUUUAGUAUGAUAGGAAAUUCUCUGGAUAGACUAGAGAAUGGUGGGCUUCCCUUUUCUGCCCUUAUUGAGACAAAAUCCCUGUGUCAUUUGAUGGGGAUUCUGGCUCUGUAAGGACUUCAGAAUCAGCCUUCAAGCCAAUGAUAUUUGAUGACUUCCUAUUUUUUCUAGGUCAAAAUGCACUAGUAUCUCCUUCCUAUUUUCUCACUGGAGAAUCAUCUUCACUAAAUCAAUUCUAAAUCAAUAGUCUAGCCCAUCCUCUAUUCCCAUAUCCUCUUUUGAUGUGAAGAACUUGAAUUUCAAGGCAUUCAUCCAAGGAACAAUGCCAGAGUCAGAUCCCACAGCCCUAUAACAUUCAAGGCUAUGAACAACAAACACAUUGGCUUUCAUGCUUUGAGAUCCCAUGUUUCCUCUCCUGAACCUUAGUUCUCCUCUUUGGGUUUAUGAUCAUAUGCAUGGGAGUUCCAGUUCACCAUGGAUCCUUCUAUGAAGUCAUUGGAACUUUUAUGAUCUGGACUAUUCCUAUUCUCAGUCUCCCAAGCCAUUCCAGUAUCCCUUAUCUAUGGGAAGGUUGCUAGGGAUUAACAUUAUUUAGAAUCCUUCCUAAAGAAAGAGAGACUUCCAAGGAAGAGAGAGGGUCACAGGAAUGUGUUCUCAAUAUGCAAGUGUUCUGGCUGAUCUCCUUGGUCAUUUUUUACAUUAUGGAAGCCCCCCCUUCUGCCCGUUCUCCAGUAUUUUUUGUCAGAGCUUAUAUAUAGAGAUUCCAGAGUUCUGUAUUUUAAUUAAAUAUCUUGAUUUGCCA